AUGAAUGGAAUGGUUAAAACGGUGAAAUUGGAAGGUUUAAUCGAUAGUAGUUUAAGGGGGAUCUGGGUAUUUCUCUGCUUAAGCCUUGAUUUUAAGACAAGGCUUCGGUGGAAGUUGUUAACUUUGAUUGUGUUUGAGGUUAAAGCUUUGGUGGAAGCUUGUUUCUUUGAUAGAGAGGAAAAAAGCUUUGGUGGAAGCUUGUUUAAUUUGAUUGAGAGCUUUGGUGGAAGCUUUGACUGUGUUAUGGACCCUGAAAUGAUUGAUUUAGCUGCCCUAGAAGAAGUAGCAGUUGAUGGCCAAUCUCAUGUUGGUUCAGAUGCUGCUGCUUCACCUGGGCAGUCUCAAUCUGGCAAUGUGGAAGCCAAUACUGACCCUGUUGCUGAUCAUGUCCCUAAUGUGGAGGCAAAUCCUAAAAAAAGGAAGGAGAGUCAACAAAGAUCAGUUGUUUGGGAGCAUUUUGAUGCAAUCAAAGAUGGCAAAGAAACUAGGCAAGCUUUACUCUCUUUUCAACCUAUUAAUGUGGAAGCUAGACCUGCUGAUAAUCUGUUUUCUGUUGCUACUUGGAAAUUUGAUCAAGAAGUAGUUAGGAAAGCAAUUGCAUAUAUGAUUAUAGUUGAUGAGUUGCCAUUCAAAUUUGUUGAGAAACAGGGGUUUAGAAGAGUGAUGAGUCUUGCUUGUCCUAUGUUUAAAAUGCCUUCUAGGUGGACUGUGAAUAGGGAUUGCUAUGCUAUGUUUGUUGAUGAAAAGUUGAAACUGAAACAAUUUUUUAAAACUCAUAGUCAAAGAGUUAGUCUAACAAGUGAUUCUUGGACUUCUAAUCAAAGAUUGAACUACAUGUGUAUUACUGCUCAUUUUAUUGAUAAUGAUUGGAAGUUGCAUAAAAAGAUUAUCUCUUUUGUUACAUGCUCAAGGCAUAAAGGUGAAUAUUUGUCUAAGUCUAUGGAGACCUGUUUGCAAGAGUGGGGGCUAAAAAAUAUAUUUUCUGUUACCUUAGACAAUGUUGAGAACAAUACUACUGCAAUGGGGUUUUUUAUUAAGAAAAUGUUGACUUGGGGUAGUACACAUGUUAGAUGCAAGUAUGCUCACAUGAGAUGCAUUGCACAUAUUUUGAAUCUUGUAGUGUCUGAUGGUUUGAAAGAGUCUGGUUCAUCUUUUCAAAAGGUUAGGGGAGCUGUUAGGUAUAUAAAAAACUCACCUCUCAGACUUAGCAAAUUUAAAGAAUGCAAAAAAUCACUUGAUUUUGAAUGUAAGCGUUCUUUGUGUCUAGAUGUGCCCACUAGGUGGAAUUCAACAUACUUGAUGUUAGACACUGCUUGUUUGUACCAACCUGUUUUUGAGGAAUAUGAGGAUGUGGAAGCUUCUUUUAGAAUUGAUUUGGGAGAUGAGGUGCCUGAUAAACAUGAUUGGGAUAAGGUUAGGCAAUUAUGUGUGUUGUUACAAUAUUUUUACAAGAUGACUUUGAGAAUUUCUGGUUCUCUUUAUGUCACCUCUAACAACCACUUGAAUGAGAUUUCUGAUUUGUCAACUAUUUUGCAAGAUUGGAUUAAGUCUAGUGAUUACUGUCUAAGAUCAAUGGCAACUAAAAUGAAAGAUAAAUUUGAUAAGUACUGGGGUGAUCCUAAUGUGAUGAACAAGUUGAUUUUCUUUGCAAAUAUUUUAGACCCCCGGGACAGAAUUGUUUACUUGGAAUAUACUUUGAAUCAAAUGUAUGGCUGUCAUGCUGGAAAGUUUUUGUAUACUUGUGUGAUGGAGGAUCUGGCUGAGUUAUUCAAUGACUAUGAAGUUAUUUAUAAGAAGGAAGUAGCCACUACUGCCACUGGGGGCAAUGGCCAAUCAGCAGAACCUGUUGCUCAAUCCUCCCAAGCUAAUUCUGUGCUGAAAGAACGAUUCUUACAGCAAAUGUUAGAGACUGGUGGUGUGAGUGGAAGCAAAAAAAAUGAGUUGGAAAUUUAUCUAAGUGAGGCAGUAGUUGCAAAUGAUGCUAGUUUUGAUAUUCUGCGAUGGUGGACGUUAAAUUCUGAGAGGUUCCCAGUCCUCUCUAGAAUGGCCCGUGAUAUUCUUGCAGUACAAGUCUCAACAGUUGCUUCAGAAUCAGCCUUCAGCACUGGAGGAAGAGUGCUUGAUGACUUUAGGAGUUGCUUGACUCCUAAAAUAGUGGAGGCAUUGGUCUGUAUUCAAGAUUGGCUAAGAGAUCCAUCUAAGCCAGUCUCUAUUGAGGAAUCACUAGAAGAGUUGGAGCAACAUGAAGAAGGUCUUCAAGAUCCAUCUACUGCUCUUAAUGAACAAUAUCCUUUGGUGGUGGGAGCCUUUGCUGGUUCUGUUGGUCCUAUCUUUGCAUUGUUUUGCUGA